AGAAGAGUCGUGGUGCCACUGGAAAGAAGUGAGUAAACCUGGUACUAAUGCAACAAAUUAACCGAUAACAUAAGCUAAAGGUCUGGCACCAUGCUGGAAGGCUACAGCCCUGUGACCCAGGCCCUGCUGGGGACUCUGUUCACCUGGGCUCUGACUGCUGCCGGAGCAGCCCUGGUGUUUGUCUUCUCCAGCCGACAGAAACGCAUUUUGGAUGGAAGUUUAGGCUUCGCAGCUGGGGUAAUGCUGGCUGCUUCCUAUUGGUCGUUGCUGGCACCGGCGAUCGACAUGGCGGAAGAUUCCGGGAAGUACGGCUCGUUUGCUUUCUUGCCUGUGGCCGUGGGAUUCACACUCGGGGCAGCCUUUGUUUACUUAGCUGACCUGGCCAUGCCUCUGCUGGGUGUAGGUGCUGACCCCCACAUUGCCUUGGCUCUACCCCCCGAAUCUAAGCUGGCCAAGGAAAAAGCAGACGAGCCCCCGUUCCAACUCUUGGACUCUGAUGAGAUGACCAUCAGGAUAGGUAGAGCUGGACCUCUCUCAGAUAAAAUAGAUAAUGGAGAUGUGUACCAGAGGAGGAGAGGACCUCAUUCGGUCAGCUCAGAUGGACAGGAAACAGGAAAUAAACAACAGGAAGGGGUUGGGCGGACAGGAAGCAGCUGGCGGCGAAUUGUUCUACUCAUCGUUGCCAUCACCAUCCACAACAUCCCAGAGGGUUUGGCCGUGGGGGUUGCAUUCGGAGCCAUUGGAAAGACUUCAUCUGCUACGUUUGAAAGCGCCAGAAAUUUGGCCAUCGGUAUUGGCAUCCAGAAUUUCCCAGAAGGCUUGGCAGUGAGCCUGCCGCUCCGGGGUUCGGGAGUCUCAACGUGGAAAGCCUUCUGGUAUGGCCAGCUCAGUGGCAUGGUCGAGCCUAUUGCUGGGUUACUGGGCGCCGGCGCCGUCGUCUUGGCAGAACCUCUGUUGCCAUAUGCGUUGGCGUUUGCUGCCGGGGCGAUGGUUUACGUGGUGGUGGAUGACAUUAUACCUGAGGCCCAAAUCAGUGGAAACGGGAAGCUGGCCUCCUGGACCUCCAUCCUGGGCUUCGUCGUGAUGAUGUCACUGGACGUUGGACUGGGCUGACCUCACCUCACCCAGCACCGUGUCAACCGAACACUCAACGGCCAUGAUGUCACCAUUGCUCUGCUGACCUCAGUUUUUAAAAGAAAAAAGGGGACCAAACAAAGUGUAUUAUUCAGAAACACUAUUUAUCAAUUUAGUUUGAAUUGUUGUUGAGAUCCAGCAGCGCUUACAGACACGGAGCUCUUUUGUAAAACAAGUUGUAAGGGUGACUGUACUUGAAGUUCUCUCUAAUGUGUGUUUGUUUUUGGGCAGUUAUUUUCUAAGAGCAUCUGCCACUUCUUUCAAAUGGCAGACAUCUGAUUUAGGAAUAUGUAAUGAUUAUUCUAAUUCCAGAGCUUGUGAUUAUUUUGUUGAGGUUAGUGCUUUUUGAGUUCUUUUUCAAAAGCAUUAUUUCAAAACAAAAAAAUGUUUUCCCCCCCAUUUCCUCAUAAUGGCAAUACUUGAAGUCUGGUGUUUGAGUUGGUAAUUUAAGGAACGAUUUGUUUUGGUUUACUCUGUUCUGACUCUGGCUGUAUCGUCGUUACAGCGAAACAGCGAGGUACAAGAUCACUUUAACAUGCACUUAACCCUCCUCCUCUAUAACGAAAGUCUGCUUUUCGUCCCCAUGUUGUGCCUUCUCUUGUUUAGGGCUGCCAUCUACAGGCCAGUCUGAAGAAUCACAUGUUGUGGUCUGUGUCUAAUUAAUUAAAUGCUGAAGAUAACAAUUGAAGUAUUUGUAUAAUUAAACAACCAAGUGAUCCUGA